AUGAAGAUUUCUGCUGCAAGUUUGUUGCUCUUUGCAACAGUCAUCGGUGCCGCUGCUAUUCCAGCAAAGCGAGCCAGUGACGAUGUCAGUGUCGAUAUGAACGAUAACUGUGUCACUACUUGGGGCAGCUUCUGCAAGCGCGACCCAGAGCCCGAGCCGGCACCAGAGCCCGUUGCUGAACCAGAGCCCGAUGACGUAUAUUCCAGUAAAGCUGUCUCGGGCAUGUCCUGCAAACGCGACCCAGAACCAGAGCCGGCGCCAGAGCCCGAUGACGUAUAUUCUUGUAAAGCCGUCUCGGAUUCUCAUCGUUCCGGAUACAAGCACCACGAUGGACGUGGCUGGGAGCAGAAACGGGAACCUUCUCGUCCCAACAGCGAUCCCAAUGAAGAAGCCGGGGAGGUCAACUCGAUCCGGGGUGAUGCUCCUUUCUUGAUUCGUUUCAUCGGCAGCUUCCGCCAGAAUUCCAAUGCCCGCGUUUCGGAGCUCCUCGUUGACGAUAAUGGGGAAUCCCUGAUCAACCAGCCAUGA